CCUCACCGCUGCUAGCUAUCGCCAACCCUGCUCCUUCCACAACACCAAGUGACAGCAUCAGAGGGCCGAGAGCUCUAGAGAUAAGCUCCUAGACUGUGUGGAAAAAGUCCGAGGAGCGAGCGCAUUACCCCAUCUCACAUCGUCGUUACAACUUGACUUAGCGCUCCACCUCCAGCAAGAUGUCGACCCCUGCCAAGCGCCGCCUGAUUCGCGACUUCAAGAGGCUGUCCACCGAUCCUCCCGGAGGCAUCAGUGGCGCUCCUUGCCCCGACAACCUCAUGGUCUGGAACGCUGUCAUCUUUGGCCCAGCCGACACCCCCUUCGAAGACGGCACAUUCAAGCUUCUCAUGACCUUCGACGAGUCUUACCCCAAUAAACCUCCCACAGUCAAGUUCCUCUCGCGAAUGUUCCACCCAAACGUCUAUGCAUCUGGAGAGCUAUGCUUGGACAUCCUGCAGAACCGCUGGUCUCCAACCUACGACGUCUCCGCCAUCCUAACAUCCGUCCAGUCAUUGCUCAACGACCCGAACUCGGCCUCCCCUGCUAAUGUAGAGGCGGCACAGCUUUGGAAGGAGAAUCGCAAGGAAUAUGUCAAGAGGGUCAAGCAGACCGUCGAGGAGAGUUGGCUAGAUGAUGGUGAAGGCGAUAUGAAUGUCGAUGAGGUGGAUGACGAGGAUGGGGAGGAGGCUGGGCGAGAGGGAAAUGCAGCCGGAGGUUCGGCCUGAACAACAGCAGCUGGUAAGGGCACAGUCAGCCUUGCCAGGCAGGAGAGGGAGGGCGAGACAACUAUCACCACACCAAGGCAGAGGCUAUCGACGUCGCACGAGGAGCGGACGCUGCGCUGCGUGCUCUGCCCCUCCAUCGUCGCCCGCUGAGCUGGAGGCGCGGCCGCUCUCCGG